AGCUGCCCUCCCUUUUCUCGUCUGUCUUGUAAUGGCUGCUCCCGAGACCCAGGGGGCUGCUGCCCGAGGGGAGGAGGACUGCAAGAGCAACCAUAGCGAAUCUGGGAGUGUCAGUUAUGAGGGAAUGAGCCUGCGUUACCAUUUCUGCUGGCUCUAAUCAUUUACUGAGAGCAGCAUGUGGAAAGCUUGGCUUCAGUGCAAGUAGGAUUUCAGAGCACAGCACCUGAGACUAUAUUUCAAUUAUGCUCAUAGCGACAGGAGAUUGGAUUGGCAUGUUUCCCUGGUCACCACACCUCCUGAAUCAGGAUCUACACUUUAACAAAGUCUCCAGUAAGGAUUGUAUCCUGGAGCCGCUUUCCCUGCCAGAAAGUCCAGGUGGCACCACCGCUUUAGAAGGUUCUCCAUCUGUGCCUUGUAUUUUCUGUGAAGAACAUUUUCCUAUGGAUGAACAAGACAAACUUCUGAAGCACAUGAUUAUUGAACAUAAGAUGGUCAUAGCUGAUGUCAAGUUGGUUGCUGAUUUCCAAAGGUACAUUUUAUAUUGGAGGAAAAGGUUCACUGAACAGCCUGUUACAGAUUUUUGUAGUGUGAUAAGAAUCAAUUCCACAGCUCCACUUGAAGAACAAGACAAUUACUUUUUGUUAUGUGAUGUUUUACCAGAAGAUAGAGUACUUAGAGAGGAACUUCAGAAACAAAGACUGAAAGAAAUUCUGGAACAACAGCAGCAAGAAAGAAAUGAUAACAAUUUUCAUGGUAUUUGUAUGUUUUGCAAUGAGGAGUUUUUCGGGAACAGAUCUGUUCUUUUGAACCACAUGGCCAGAGAACAUGCUUUCAACAUUGGCUUGCCAGACAACAUUGUAAACUGCAAUGAAUUUCUGUGCACAUUACAGAAAAAGCUUGACAACCUGCAGUGCUUAUACUGUGAGAAGACCUUCAGGGACAAAAAUACGCUUAAAGAUCAUAUGAGGAAAAAACAGCAUCGGAGGAUCAAUCCUAAGAACAGAGAAUAUGACCGAUUUUAUGUCAUCAAUUAUUUGCUCUCUAAUCCUUCUGUUCUUCCCACAAAGGAACUUGGAAAAUCGUGGGAGGAAGUUCAGUUGGAAGAUGAUCGGGAGUUGCUAGACCAUCAGGAAGACGACUGGUCUGAUUGGGAAGAGCGCCCUGACUCUGCUGUCUGCCUAUUUUGUGAAAAGCAAGCAGAAACAAUUGAGAAAUUAUGUGUCCACAUGGAGGAAGCACACGAUUUUGAUCUCCUCAAAAUAAAGUCAGAACUUGGAUUGAAUUUCUAUCAGCAAGUAAAAUUGGUCAAUUUCAUUCGAAGGCAAAUUCACCAAUGUAGAUGUUAUAGUUGCCAUGUGAAAUUCAAGUCCAAAGCAGAGUUAAGGACUCACAUGGAAGAGACUAAACAUACAUCACUGCUUCCUGAAAGAAAGAUAUGGGAUCAACCAGAGUAUUAUUUUCCAACCUAUGAAAACGAUAUUCUACUAUGUACACUGUCUGACAGUGAAAGUGACCUGACAGCUCAGGAACAAAAUGGAAAUAUCACCAUCAUCAGCGAAGAUACAUCUAAACUGCAUGCUUUGAAACAAACCAGUAUUUUGAACCAGUUGCUACUACAUGAGGGCUUGAAAAACUAGAAGAAAAUGCCACAGAAGCAACUUUUCAUGUUUUUCGCUUAUGAGACAGACUCAGAAAAAUUGUUUAAAUUUGAACAUCAGCAAAGGAUUAGACCCUGGUGAAAUAAAAUUUUUCAAAAGUACUUUUUAAAAAAUAAA